AUGGCGUUUGACGGCAGCUGGAAGGUAGACCGCAGUGAGAACUAUGAUAAGUUCAUGGAAGUUAUGGGGGUUAAUGUCGUGAAAAGGAAGUUGGCCAGCCAUGACAAUUUGAAGAUAACAUUUAAACAAGAGGGAAAUCACUUCACCCUCAAAGAGUCCAGCACUUUCCGCACACUAGAAAUCGAGUUCGAUCUGGGCGUCGAUUUCAAGUACAGCCUGGCGGAUGGAACUGAGCUCAAUGGAUCUUGGAACAUGGAAGGCAGCAAGCUUGUAGGAACAUUCAAAAGGGUUGACAAUGGAAACACGCUGAAGGCUUACAGAGAAAUCGUAGGCGAUGAACUUGUUCAGACUUACAUAUAUGAAGGAGUGGAAGCCAAGAGGAUCUUCAAAAGGGCUUGAAUAUAUCACUCCCUGGUUAGGAACCAAAAACCCGGGAUAAACAGCUGCCAUUUUCAUCUUCCCCACCAAGUACAAAGUUAGGGACUAAUCAGAACUUGGGCAACCACUGGUCAACUGUUUACAUUUCCAGUCUCACCAAGUCAAAAGA